AUGUCGAGAUACGCAGCCUCUGUUGGCAAAACUUCCGAAUCUGUGUGCUUCCUAUUUUUGGAACUCGACCGAGAAGCUAUAUUUGCAGCUGAGGCCGAAGGUGGAGGCACUAUUUCUUCAGACGGUGGGUCCACCGUGAUUGGCAGCCGGUUGUUGGCGGCAGACUUGAGCGAAAGUAUCGUGCGUGACACUUCUGGAAAUCCGCUUGCUGGCAAGGUGACCUCGUUGUUGGACACAGACGAAGCUCUUCUCGUGAGUCUUGUAGAGUUGGGAGCCACUGCGUUGUUCAAAACCGAAGCAAUGGUUGACGACCGGGUCCGAGACGCCUCCAUCCUUUCAGAAAGCUUCAAAAUGGACCCUGCGGUCGCCGUGCGGUCGCCCGUGGACUCUGACCCAAUCACCGUGGAGUUGCUCAAGGCGGUGCUCAAAUCGACCGACGACGAAGGAGAAUCGUGCAAAGACGAGUCCUGCUGUCCGACGGCGCUCGAGGUGUCUUCGUACGGUGAUGCUGUUGUUGAAGUACAUGUUCAGACACUCUUCCAGCGAUAUCGGGGCACCAUGUUCGUCUUCCGCGUGUGGAGUGGUAUCUUCCGGAACAGAGAUCAGCAACGCACGUUCCUCGAUGAUCCUCAUAUCGUCGUUGACAUUCAACUUCCCGGAAUGAAUGAUGUCGAGCUUCAUGGUAAGCAGAGGCAAAGAGAGGCAUUCGGCGAGGAAUUCAAACAGCUGAAGAGCGUCUUGUUGAGUUUGGCUGACCACCAUGUCACAGCCUAG